AUGGCCCCCAGUGAAGAUGCGGUAUUUCCAGCUAAAGGGAGAAAAAGAAAUUUGCAGUGGGAUGGCGUGUUUGAUAAGCACGCACGGGUAGGGGGGGUCCCCGACGGGGUCAGCACGAGCAUGGUGGGUGUAGAGGUUGGAAGUCAGAUUGGAAAAGUGAUUGGAGGUCCCAUGGAAGCACCGAUUGACAGUCCUCCCGGAAUUGGGAGUGGGCCAGCUGCGCUACUCGCCGAGCGGCUGGUGACCCCCCAACAGAAGGCACACACAGCAGGCCGACUCCAAAGCAGCGACACCGUCUGCAAUAUCCUGUCCUUCAUGCCCUUCUCCCAAAGGUGGAGUUGCAAAUUGCUAAGUAAGUCUUUCUACAAAGCCUUUCACACGAAAUAUGCAUGGGAUCACAUAGAUGUACGCUUCCUAAAUGUCGACAUUUUUAAAGUCAAUUUUCUCAAAACAUUCAGCAACCAUUUUGUGAAUACCUCCUCCUUGUUCCUAUCGAUUAAUGAGAACACAUGUGCAGAGGCCAUCAUCAACAUGGUCGUCCAGAAUUUCCCCCGCUUGAGAGAUCUCCGUGUUUACUGUCGGAAAAAAAACAACAACUAUAUAUUUGAGGGGGUUCACCCGAUGGUCUCCAGUCUGCUAAGCGGGAAGGCGACGAUGCCGCAGAGGGAAGUGCAUAAUGGGGAGAAAUGCCCGAAGGAGGGAGACGCCACGAACGACAAACACGAGGACGCGGAUGGAACUACCCCCGGAAUGACUUCUCCGCGGGAGCGCCGUGGUAAAGGGUGCAGCCAGUCGCCGAUGGACCUCCCCGAUUGGGACUUGGAGCUCAGCGAUCUUUUUUUGUACAGUCGGUACUACGGCCAUGGGAAAGGAAAGGGUCAAAAUGGAAGGCAUGACGGCGGCGAUGAGGAAAGGCGUAACGGGGAGGACGAUGGUGAGGGGGGCGCCCAGGAGGCAGACAAUCCCCCGGACAACUUUCACACAAUUGCGGCUCGCACGCACAUAUGGAACGCGCAAAGGAUCCAUUUGCCGAACCAAUUUGAGCACCUCGAACGGCUCGUUUUGGACGUGAAACUUAGAGGAGAUGAACUUCUCCCCUUCGUCGGAAAAAUGACAAACCUAAAGGACAUAAUCCUGAGCAAACUCCUAUACACCGACAAGCUAAACAGAGCUCAGUGCAUAACCAUAUUUACAUGCUUCAUUGAGAAGAUAAAAAAAAAUAAGAUCCGAGUGCUGCAACUUGGGCUGUUCUUCACUCGCGAGUACAAACCGACUGACUAUAUGGACAAUGAGCUAUUUCGAAAAAUUGUAAAAGACAGGACGGAACUCACUUCUCAUCCAGAUAAGGAGGAGGGGGACGAGCUUAUAUACGUCCUUCACAGGAACCACUUACACUCGCUGUACUGCCUCUGGAGCAACGACCUCUUCAUCUCGUUCGACAUGUACGAGCGGAUUCGGACCUUCAGCAACCUGAAGAUAUGGAUCCUGCCCGGCUGGCGCGCGCUCUCCCUCGUGAAGCAGUGA